AUGGGUUGUAUGAGCUCAAAGCCCGUUGACACAACGGAUAAGGACGCUUUACAACGAAAUGCUCGGAUAGACAAGGUCCUAAAAAAUGACAAAAAGGUGAUGGAUAGGACCAUCAAAAUCCUCCUUCUCGGUGCUGGCGAAUCAGGAAAAUCAACAAUCAUAAAGCAAAUGCGCAUCAUUCAUUCUGGGGGGUUUCCUGAGGAUGAGCGCCGUCAAACGCGUGCAGUAAUCUAUUCCAAUGUUGUCAUUGCAUUCAAGGUUUUGCUAGAUAUUAUGCGCACAGAAAGCAUCGAGUUUGAGCAAGAGAAGACCAAGGUAAAUAAGAAUUGGCAGUCAGCCAUUGCUCCACACUUCUCCCUAUUUUCCUCCUGUUUGAAACACCGACUAAUCUUUGAUACCAUUCUCCAGCCGCUUGCGGAGUAUAUGGAUACUCUGGAGUCUGACGUCGGCUCAGAAGAAGCAUUCUCCGAUCUCAAGGUUCGCGAUGCCAUGAGAGAUAUGUGGAAUGAUGCAGGAGUGCAAAAGGCCGUUGCUAGAGGGCAUGAAUUUGCUCUUCACGAUAAUCUGCAUUACUUCUUUGAUUCACUUGACCGGAUAUUCGCGCCUGGCUGGCUUCCCGACAAUCAGGACAUGCUGCAAGCGCGUUUGCGAACCACAGGAAUUACGGAAACUCUAUUUGAACUUGGCCAAAUGAACUUCCGAAUGAUGGAUGUUGGUGGCCAACGAUCUGAGCGCAAGAAGUGGAUCCAUUGUUUUGAGGGUGUGCAGUGUCUUCUCUUCAUGGUCGCCUUAUCAGGCUAUGACCAGUGCUUAGUGGAGGACCAGAACGCUAACCAAAUGCACGAGGCCAUGAUGCUGUUCGAGUCAUUGGUAAACGGAGAAUGGUUCAAGCGCAAGCCCAUCAUUCUUUUCCUGAACAAGAUCGAUCUCUUUAAGGGCAAACUAAGUGUCUCCCCCGUGUCCAAACACUUUCCGGAUUUCAACGGUUCAAACACGGACUUUGAUGCUGCGGCAAGAUAUUUCGCUGACAGGUUCCGCGGCAUCAAUCGCAUUCCCGAUCGAGAGAUCUACAUCCAUUACACCAAUGCGACUGACACAACAUUGCUGAAAGCAACCAUGGAUUCUGUGCAAGACAUGAUCAUCCAGAAGAAUCUGCACACUCUUAUCUUAUGA